AUGCCAACCGCCGAAGAUGGGCCGGCAACGGCGAUCGCCGCCACGACAACCAGUAACGAGGAUUCUGUGGUCGCCAACGCUACCGACACAGUUGGAGGUGCUCCUGAUUCGACCGGCUCUCCCCAGACUCAUACUUCGGUUGAAACAUCAAGCAGUCUCAAGCGCUCGAGCACCCACGAUGCCGACGCUGACGGUGACGAUGACAAUGGUGGUUGGCAGACGAUCGAGCGUGGUCGGCCGAAAAAGAAGCUCAAAAAGGUGCCGAAUCCCGAUUCGAAUAGGUAUCCAGGGAUUCACUUUUCGAAUCAGGCAAGGCUGAACGCCAAAAUUAAUGUGUCCUCACUGCGCGACUUGAUCCUCUACAUCUUUGCCGACGGACCGGCCCCCCAGUGGGUGUCGGUGAAGCACCGCCCAGAAUUUCGAAAGAUUGUCACCAUUAUGGUCCCGGGUCUCGAGGAGGCCAUGUUCAAGGCGAAUGUUGAUUUUUCCAAGUAUAACAACGUUACUCCCGAUGAGGCUAUCGAGCGCGCCUGUACUUCUCCUGACGAUUAUUAUCCCCGUCCGCUGGUGAAGGAGGCCCUACCCGAAGCAUUGCAGCCUUUCGCGGAUAUGUUUCCCCUUCUAUGGCCUGUUCGUGCUCCAGGGGACGACAAGUAUGCAAGAUUGCACUCGCCCUUGCAAACCAUGCUUACCGCUCCGCUCAACAAGGACAAGAAAACCAGCGGUGGUGGUGUUAAGCCCGUGACAGACCCUCAUGGUUGGAAAGAUGAGAGGACAAGAAUCACCGAGUUUCUUGCUACCACGGACGAAAUGCUGGAAAAUGGCUUUCCGCUACACCCAGCAAUGCUUCCUGAAGGAGAGCGGGAGAAUUUUAAGGACCCCGACGGCUGGGUUCACACCAAGGUUGACAGGCUGGAGGAUAACAAUGUUCCUGAGUCAGAGAUCGAGCAAGGAAGCAUCACGGCAGGCCGUCAAGUUUACGCUCUGGACUGUGAGAUGUGUAUGACCGGAGAGGCCGAGUAUUCGCUUACCCGGAUCAGCAUGGUGGCUUGGGACGGUGAAGUGGUUCUGGACGAACUGGUCAAGCCAGACAAGCCGAUAAUUGAUUACGUUACCCGCUUCUCAGGUAUCACAAAGGAGAUGCUUGAUCCUGUCACGACAACGCUGAGCGACAUUCAAAAACGCCUUCUCGACCUCCUGACUCCUCGCACUAUCCUUGUUGGUCAUUCCCUCGAUUCCGACUUGAAGGCACUCAAGAUCGCCCAUCCUUUCGUCGUUGAUACUUCAAUCCUUUUCCCGCAUCCUCGAGGCCCUCCUCUGAAGUCAUCCCUCAAGUAUCUUGCCCAGAAGUAUCUCGGGCGUGAGAUCCAAAAAGGAGGGGUUGCUGGACACGACAGCAUCGAGGACGCUAAGACAUGUCUCGACUUGAUCAAGAAGAAAUGCGAGAAGGGCAGGGCUUGGGCCGCUAAUGAUGUGCAAGGCGAAAACCUCUUUCGGCGCCUUGCCCGUGCCGGGGUCGCUUAUCGCGCAACUGGCGGGCCUGAAGCAACUGGAGGAAUUCCUGUCGGCAAGACCAGCGCUGCUGUUGACUGGGGUGAUCCCACGCGCAGUGCCUGCAAUGCUGCAACCGUGGUCAUUCCAUGCAACUCGGAUGCCGAGGUCGAGGCUGGUGUUAUCCGCGCUGUCAAGGGGGACCCCGACGGUCUCGUUGUGCCCGGUGGCGGCGUAGACUUUGUCUGGGCGCGGAUGCGCGAGCUAGAAGCCCUUCAGGGUUGGUGGAAUCGUAACAAGCUGUCCCCCGACGCAGCAGGCGGCCCUCCGCCUACUCCGGCAGACCAGGCGACGGCGGCCCACGCCGACGGUAACGGCAAUGCCAAGCCUGGUAUCAGCGCCCUCGAGGCUUGCCUGACGACUCUUUCCCAGCGUCUCAAGAGGAUCCACGACGCACUCCCUCCGUGUACAGCCUUCAUUGUCUUCAGCGGCAGCGGUGAUCCGCGAGAGAUGAGCCGUUUACAGGCGCUUCAGGCCCAGUUCCGUCGGGAAUAUAACACGCCCGGGAGCAAAUGGGAUCAGCUGAGCGUGCAGUGGACGGACAGGGAAGACCAAGCGUUGAGAAGGGCAGUGAAGGCGGCCCGCUGUGGGAUUGGUUUUAUCGGCGUGAAAUAA